AUGAAGAGAAGACGUGAAGGGAAUGACGAGACAUCACCAUCGCCGGCACGACUUCUUCACAGUGGAAGCUCCACGGGAGAUAUCAAUUAUAUCCCUCUCGAUCUAACGGUGGAAAUACUAAAAAAACUCCCGGCGAAAUCUCUAGUGAGAUUCCAAUGCGUCUCGAAACUAUGGUCAUCAAUUAUCAGCAGGAGAAGAGACUUCAUAGAAUCUAUCGUGACUCGGUCUCCUCGUGAUGCCUAUCUCCUCUCCUACAAUGUUUCAACCGACUACGCCAACGCGAAAAGCUCCUUAGUCUUAUCGUCUAGUUCGUGCACUCGAAAUACUGAAACAAAAUCAUUAUUACUCCCUCACGGAUGUUAUCAACACGUCCGCGGCUUGAUUUUUUGUUGGACAGACUGUCUUCACGAGCCAUAUAUAUAUAACCCUACCACAAGGCAGUCUUUUCAGUUACCAAAGUUGAGAAACUACGCGAUGGGAUCUUGCGUAUUUGGAUACGACCCUCUCGAGAAUCAAUACAAAGUAUUGUUCCUACCAUCAGACCAUAUGGAGCAGGGUUGUCAAGUUUUCACAUUAGGAGAUUCCAAAGCAAAGCAGUGGAGGUUCAUCCAAGGAGUUAAGUCUCACUUUCCAAUGUCUGGUGCAGUUUGCAUCAACGGGAUUAUCUAUUACCGAGGAAGGGCUACAGACUAUGGUUAUGCUUCUCUGUACAAAUUGAUGAGUUUUGAUGUGAGAUCCGAGCAACUUUGUCAUGUCGACGCUCCAGAAACACUCAUGGAUCACCAGUCGUAUCUGAUAGACUACCAAGGGAAGUUAGGAUUCGUGUGUUGCGACAAGGGCGUGGAAAUUUGGGUUAGGGGGGAUGGUGAUCAGAAGAUUCAAGGAUGGUCCAAGAUUUUCUUUUAUGACAUGAAGGGUUUUGAAAAAUGGUACAUCCCGGGUGUUACUCGUCAUGGUGAGAUCGUUUUUGUCGAUUUCGGAUACGGUCGUGAUGACCCGUUAUGUGUCCUAUGUUAUGAUCCAAAGCAAAAUAGUGUGAGAGAUGUUGACCUCCAAGGCACUUGGCCGGGAAGGCGCAAGAGUAUUAUUCUUAUCUGGUUUUUUCAAUGUUUUGUUGAGAACACAAUGGGUUUAUAUUAA